CCCUCGCCCGAGUGGGCGGGGCCGAGCCGGGGCCGGCAUGAAUUGCCGCCGGUUGGCGGGGAGCUUCAGCAGUUCGGCGCGAGUGCGGAGCGGCGCGGCCAUGGCUCCUCGCGAGAGAGACCCCAGCCACACCACCUACUUCCAGCGCACCCACUGGGCCUGGAUGGCCGCGAUCAUCGUCGGCCUGACUUACUACGGGUGGGUAGUCUUUUCACCGGAAACCAUGCCUCACGACUACCUGGGACCAUUAGGCACCUUCACGAAGUACCUGGUGGAGAAUCACAAACUCUACCUUGAUGUUGGAUACGCUGCUACUUGGGCAGUUCAUGUCUUGGAAGCUAUUUAUGCUGUCAAGCUGUGCUGGGACAAAGGCAUCACAGAUCUUUCAACCCAGUUUUGGUGGGGCGUUCAAACAUUUUUAUUUGGAUUUGCUUCCAUUAUGCACUUGCUACUUUAUGAACCACCAAAGGAUAAACGUGAAUGAAGAACUCUGCCAGAAAAUGCAGCUGCCACACCUUUGCAAAUUGUUUUCUGCCUGAGGGUGAACAUACUGCAAAAUACUUACAUGCUUGGAAAAGGCUGCCAGCUUCUAGGGGGUGUGUCUUGGUGUUGCAGUUCUAGGGGAAGCCUAUAAAAUUAUUCUUGAUAAACAAGGAGCCUUAUUUGAUCAGAAGAAGAAAUCCGAAUGUCACUGUCCAUCAGUGGAGUAUGAGAGCCUGCCACAAAAACAUUUCUGAGGCACUCGAGAGUGGCUACUGGCUAAUAUUUCCCCCCAACCAUUAAUUUAUUUAGUGCAUUUGUGUCCUGUUGUUCCUUCAGGGAGCCCAGUGAGUCCAGCAUCAGUCCUAUCCUCUUCUGUUUUACCCUCACAACAAACCUGUAAGGUAGGUUAGGCUGAGAGAGUAAGUGGGUCAAGAUCACGUAGGGAGCUUCCAAAGCAGAGUUGGAGUUGAUCGAUUGCUGCUGUUUAUAGCAUUUUUCAUUGUCUCAGGGUCUGUGGUUAUCAGCGCAUGGUUGGGCCUGCUUUUAUCUCUCCUUGUGACUUGAGGAAUUACACCUCUGACAUCCCAAGAAUCUCCAUAUUUACUCCAAAGGAAGUCCCACUAUGUUGACUGGGACCUCCUCCAAAGUAGCUCGGAACGCAUGCUCAGAAGCUUGCAGUCUUUGCGCCAGAGUAGAUGUGGUGGUGUCCUUGUGGUCGCCAUGAAGACGCCAUCAGCAUUUUAAAGUGAUGUUAAACUGCCAGGCGGUCCUGAUCCUCCGAAUAGGGCCUGCAGCAUGGUGGGCCGUGGGGGUCUUGUUUCCCUCUCUCCCCCCCACAUCUUUUCAUGUGCCCAAAUGCCCCCCUCCAGCUUUUCAGCACUUGAAAAGGUGUGUAUGGAAGGGAUGAAAGUGCUGUGUUGCAGGCCCAGUCAGGAUUGGUCCCUCGCAGCACUUAAAAAUCAAUUUGAAAUGCUGACCGCAUCUUCGCGGCGGCCACACGCAUUCCAUCAUGUUUAGUUUGGCCCUUUCUCACACUCUUUCCCCCAGCACUUUAGUCUGGUUACUGUAAAAUGAUAAACCUUGCACUAAUUAUUCAGUAUAGUGGGUAAUGAACCCUCUUUGUGGUUUGGCAGCUAAACUUUUGGAUCCUAGGACCAAAUUGGAUUUAGACAGAAACCGGGACCAAUACAGAGUAGUUAUUUUCUGAGAGAUGCCACCAGGUGGUUGGAGGGAACCCACUUGCUCCAGUUGGAGGGUUGUGCCCAGGGUUGGGGAACCCUCCCCAAAUUGUACUGAAGGGUACGUGUUACUUUGGAUGGCGGCAAAGUUUGCAGAGCCGGCUUUCUUCAAUCCUUUAAAAUACCCAGCCAAACUUGCUGGGAUCUGCUGCUGAUCAUAGAAGCUCUUUCCUCCCUGGAUACUACGCUGUCUCCUUCCGUCAGGUCUACUUAGACAUGCAAACAUCCCAUCCACCCUCAUCAGAGAAGCUUCCUGGAGAUGUGGCCUAAACCACUGAGUUAGGACACAGUGGGGAAAAGUUCAUGGAAGGGGGUAACCCACAUAACUCCCAUUCAGUAGCAGAAGGAGCUGGAUUAACAGCUUUCAGUAGAACCCAUGACAGAGGGCACUUGCAGUUCAACACCUGCUUUGUGAUUAAUAAAAAACCAAUUGCAGGGGCAGUGCUGCUAGGCAUUGGGAAGCAACUUGCCAGAUCCUUCCUCUCUGAAGAGACUUUCCACUACUACAAGGGCCGGAGCAGUAUGAAGCUGGUGCAGAGAGCUACAUAUCCCAAGCGGAAUUUGAGCAUUCCUUCUUUUUCCUUCCCAGCUUUCCAUCUUCUGAAAGUGUUUUCCAAGGCUUAGGUUGUUACCUGUUUCAAGACCUGUAACUGAUCUACCCUUUGGAUUGCUCCCCAAAGCUAAACUGAGAUAGGGGUGCAGUGUUCACACUAUUACAAUAUACUGUGGUGCUAGCCUUUAGGCAAUUACUCUCUAAUCUGUACUAUAGAUAUUAAAGCUCUGUAAUGUUUUUGGAAGCUCUCUCUGUAUCUUUGGAUAAGGGGCAGCCCUUAAGAACACCAAAUGCCCUUCUGCUGUUUGCAAAAAUCCUUUUGCCUUCUGAAGCGUCGUCUGUCUUCCAUUAUAAUCCAUCUCUUUAACUCAGUCUGUUUGCCUGGGCGUUGAAAGAUGUUUGCUAUGCUCUGUACUAUAAAUAUCAAAAACAAAUCUAAGUAGCUUUUGGAGGUUGUAUCUAAUUAUUAUUCUAUUAAUUAUCAUUAUUAUUCUUCUAUUAUUAUUAUAAACACUUGUGUUUGGGGGUGGGUACUUUCUGGGACCUGUUUAACUGUCAACUUUAAUUCAAAGAAUCAAUCUUUAAAAAAAUAAAAUGACAAUAUUGCAAAGUAUA